GAACUAACUACCAAGGAUGAUAACACAGCUGUGGCUCACAGUGGGGAGGAUGUAGGAAACACCAGCUCCACUAAGACUCUGGCAUCCUUCAGAAAGAAGAAUGAAAGAAGGUACAGUUAUACGGGCAGCUUGCAGCUGCUAGGAUUAGAAGAGGGCACAGCGACUGCCCACGGGGAGCACAUGCGAGUGUGCCUGGGGAUCUCUAACUACUUCAGGUCCGUGGAGAGAAGCCUGACCAUCAGCACCGCCGGCCUCUCCUGCAAGGGUGGUCUCCUAAUUCCCAGGGCAGAAGACACCUCCUGGGUCAGUGCUGCCAAAGGAGGCACUGGUGGGUUUGGUGGCCUGAGUUCACAGCCGUCUGUUCACUACACACCAGCUGACUACAAGGUCCACAUGGAGUUUGCAGAGGUGGAAAACCACGAUGACAUUCACACCAGUGAAGAUGGAUGUAUUCACACACAGGACCAGCGAGGGGUUUACAUAAUGUACUGUGUGGCUUUAGAGAACCAGAAGGAGCUUGAGAACCAGCUGCUGCUUGUGGCCAGCCAGUGUAUUGAGAAAGAUAAAAGCAAUGUGACUUGUGAGCAAUUCAGUGGCAGCAACAUCCUUGGCCAGGCACAUGCCUCUGUGGAUCGAUGUCCUGUGGUGCUUGAUUUCUGGACCUGUGACACUGCUCUCCUGGAAAAAAAAAAAUGCCAGCUUCUAGAUGUUUACUUUGAAGCUUACCAACAUGCUUUGGACCCAGAGGGAAGAUUUGCUUUGAUAGCUGACAUCAUGCAUAAGCAUCCACAGUUUGAUCUGAAGCUUGAAUAUUUUGUCAACACCUACAAAGCUGAAUGCAUCUGUUUGCAACUUCACUUCCAACUGCUGAGGGACACAGUAAACCAGCAAGUAGAUAGAUGCCCAGAGUAUAUCCACAAGAUUUGGUGGGAAGGUCAGAGAGGUGGCAUCAGUGAAUUUGGACUUCCUUAUAAUGUAAUUAGUAAGCAGUUUAUUUCUCUUAACACUAGCUGUCCUACUUUGAAGAGCAUGUAUUUGCUGGAGUUUCAUCCUUUUCUUGAUCUGGUAUUUUCGAUCCCCAAAGCUCUUGAGUUCAUCUACCAGGAAUUCUACAGCAUCUGCAGACGAAAAACAGUCAGUAAAGAAAGUAAUUUAGAAAAACAAGUACUUCAGGUAGUAGUUGAUGAGUGGCACACUAUGGAAAAACCAGAAAUUUUUUACAGCUCUCAGAUUCAAUUAUUUGUUGAGGUACUGAUAGAAGACCCUGUGCUGGUGCAAGAGAUUGCUUUGUCACUAUUAGAGGUGGGAGCAAAUGAAGAAAAAAAGACAGGCAGAGAAAAACAGCUCUUUAUCCUAGAUUCCUUCUCCACGCUCCUGGAGCUUGCCACACUCCGGCAUCGGCUGAUAGAGGUGGCGAGAGAGAGUGUGCAGUUAGCCAGGUUAUAUAAAGCUUUUGCAAUGGAAGCAGGUUUUGGGGAGUUCCAUUUGUACUUGAGGCCUCUGCUCUUUGAAUCUGCGUCUCACAGGGAGAAAGCAGACCACCUCCCACCAAUGUUCAUUACAUCUGUCCUGGAAGAUGACAUUUGUGUUAACAGAUAUAUUCCAUCUAGCUUGCCAUUAAGCCUCCAAGAAAUUGACAGUCAUAUUGGAAAUCUAAGUUUCCGUACAAGAGAUGGUGUUAUGCAGGCUGCUCUCAGAGCUCUCCGCCUAAGCCUAGAAACAGUUGGUGAGCUUCACGAUGUGGUUUCAUAUCUCCUGGCUUUUGCUCAAUUAGGAAAUUCCCCAGACUGCUUUUGUGUCUUAAACCCAGAGCCUCUGACCGAAGACUGGGGAGGGACUUGCACUGGGACUGAACUUCAAGAGAUACAGAAAAUGAUUGACAGCCUCCAGAAUCCACUGGAUCCCAGUGAAGUAGCCCAGCUGCUAGCCGCUCACAGAGGAGUGAUCUUUCUACAGUUUGAUGCAGCAAUUGGGAUCGACUACGGUUACUUUUACCAAAAGCCAUUUACAACAGUGUCUCACCGUGCUGGACUGCGACGUCAUGACCAGUGCAACAAUUUUGAGACCUACUCCAUGUUUUAUGAAAAUAUUCUGCAGCCGCAGCUUCGUCUACUGUACCAAAAAGAGCAAAUUCUGGGGCUGUGCCACAGGAUGAUUAUGGAAAUAACUGCUCUCAGUGCCCAGCUCGCUGACUUAGAGGAAGAAAACCCUGGUCUCAAAGAGAAGAUUAGAAAAGAAAUACGGGAUGAGUAUGAAUCAUUACUGCAGAACGUAUUUGUGACUUGUGUCCGUGUAAAGGGAAAGCUGGAUGUCUACCGCCUUAGCACUGAGCAAUGCGUGUUUGAAAUCAUCAGUCAAGUGAGAAGAGAAGGAGUUGACAAUAUGAUUGAGCUGAAGAAAAAGUUUGGCUCCACUAAAAAUAAUGGUGACUUGAAAGAACGUUUGUCUACUAAAGAAGCUCUUCAAAACAAGAAGGAGUGCCUGAAUGCCAAGAUGAUGGCAGAACAAGAGGUGACUUUGUUUCAGGGUCAGCUCAAGCCCGCAAGGAAAGCUCUUGUGAAAUUUCAAGCAGACAAUGACAAGCUAAAGAAACAGCUACAUCAACAGAAACAAAUGCUGUUGGAAGUAGUACAGAGGAAGACAGAAGAAGCCAAGAAGGGACAAAUACUCAGUGUGAUGGAAGCAGAAAAUGUGGAGAAGAUGCUUGAAGAGAUGGAAGUAAAAGCGAAGACAGUGAAAUGCCUAACCAAGGAAGCUGAAAAAUCUUCUAAGAUAUGCCAUCUUCAACAGAAAGGGGCCAAAAAAGAAAUGCAGCAG